UACGACCAUUUUAACAUUUAUUUUGAUAAAAAAAUUAAAGAAGACACGAAAAUGUCGGAUUUGUUCCCGCGUGUUUCCUUCCCGCGCACGUCUUGCUAGGUGGAAGUUGGUCAUGGUCGUCCGCCAAACGGAAAGCCGCCAUGAUGGCUUUCUGUAAAGAACGCUCAAUAUGUAAAGUUUCGUUUAUGUUUUUCAUUAAUUGUGACUGAGUGCGUGCAAAAAUUAACCAUGGGAACGAACUAGAGUGUGCAAAGUGCAGUUUAAAGUCCUUUAGGACCUCCUGGAGGAGCUAUAAAGUGUUUUAUCAGUGCAUUUGUGUGUCGACGCUAGCGUGUUUUGUUCUGUCAACAAAAUGUCGAAGCUCUCGUUUAGGGCGAGGGCCCUGGAUGCAUCGAAACCAAUGCCCAUAUAUCUCGCCGAGGAGCUUCCGGAUUUACCGGACUACUCGGCGAUUAAUCGUGCUGUACCUCAGAUGCCCUCUGGUAUGGAAAAAGAGGAGGAAAGUGAACACCACCUCCAGAGGGCUAUAUCAGGCACGGGGCUAAUCAUACCAACGCCAGAAGUAUGUCAGGUCUCCGACGUGGAGUUCUACGAGCGAUGCUACCCCCCCGACUACAAGAUGCCGAAACAGCAUAUACACAUGCAGCCGCUGUGGGAGGAACAAGAAACGCCGGAGUACGACAUCGACACAGAGGACGAGCGGUGGCUGAAGCAGCAGCGGCGUCCAGAGCUUACAGAGCUGAAAUUCGAGCAGAUGAUGGACAAACUGGAAAAGUGCUCGGGGCAGACGGUGGUGACGCUGAACGAGGCGAAGAUGCUCCUGGAGAGGCACGACGACCUUGUCAUAGCAGUCUACGACUACUGGCUGAACAAGCGGUUGAACACGGGCUCUCGGGUACAAAAGGACUGCGUGCUCACUAGUAAUGCUCAGUACGGGGGGACGUUGGCUGUCAAGAGUGCCGGUACGCGAAGGAAAUUAGCGGCCGUCUUCGACAAGCGAGCGCAACACCCGCUGAUACUGUCGGUGAAGACGGAGGGCCGGCCGGGCCAGUCGACGAACAACCCCUACCUCGCGUUCAGGCGGCGCACGGAGAAAAUGCAGACCAGAAAAAACAGGAAAAACGAUGAGAGCUCGUACGAGAAAAUGCUCAAACUGAGAAGGGAUCUCGCCCGGGCGCUCACGCUUUUGGAGUUGGUGGCGCGGCGGGAGAGGGCCAAACGCGAGCUGGUCAAGUUGACUGCCCUGCUGUCGGAGAGGCGGUACGUGGCCGGAGACUUCGCCAGCCAACUGCUGCCGGACCCGCCGCCUCGUACUCAGUACACGGCGGUGCCGCUAACUUCGGCGAGUUUUCGUCGAGAUUACACUGUGCAACAUUACCCACCGAGAGCACCCCCCACUCCCGUCGAUCAGCCUAGACAGCGAGAGAAGCGUCCGUACAAGAGACGGAAGCAUCGCCACCACCAACCCACUGCACACCCUCACAGAGAUUCAGGCGUGUGCACAUCGUCGGAGGAAGAAGCGGCGCCGCCGGACGACGGGCCCUUCGCCUUUCGCCGGAAACCUGGAUGCUUUUACGAAAUGCCCACGUCAACCUUGUACGGCGAACCCUUGGACCCGGAUAACCCUUCCAAAGAUGGACUAUUUGAACACGAAAUGGACCAGAGGACAAGGUUCACGCUAACGUCAAUCAACUACCCCUACCCCCGAUGCAUAGGAUUCGCUCGAAGAAGACUAGGCCGCGGCGGAAGGUUGGUUCUGGACCGGAUAGCGACCCCCCUCGACGACCUAUGGCCCAACCUCCCCUUCAGACACGCGCACAGUUCAGAGGACAGAGCGCGACGGGAUGAAGAGGUCGAUCUAGAAACAAAACCGCACAGGACUCCGAAAGAAAUAACGAGAGAUUACCACACAGGCGGAAAACACCCCUGGCGGCACGCCUUCAGAAAACACCUGGCGAAAAACCCCCACCUGUGGACGGAACCAGUCAAAACGGACGCCGUGGACCUAAAACUGGAUAAGUUUGACGUUGACGACAUCAAAAUUGACGUCGACGAUGUCAAAAUAGACGUCGACGAUGUCAAAAUAGACGUUGAUGACGUCCGACUCGAAGUCGACAGUGUCAAAACUUCGGACGACGCCAAACCCUCAGAUGUUACUGAUGUUAAAAUAGAAACAAUGGACGUUGAUGAUAAAGUGUUACCGGAAAGUGAUAGUGUGAUAGCUAAUGUUAGUGAUAGUGCAUUUAGUGUUAGUGACAAAGCAAGGACUAUAGACAGUGCAGUGAGAGGGAACCUCGAGAGGGUGAUAAGGAAGAGGUCCUGGAGUGGCUGUAGUGAUAGCAGUUACGACUCUGAUGAAAGCCUGCAGCCUGUCGAAAGGGAGUUUGAGAAGUUUAUCAAUGAAGUCAAUAAGAAAUGGUUACACUUCCGACCGAAAACGCCGCCUCCUUCGCCACCUUACAUACAAAAGCCAGCGGAUUACCAAAUUCCUAUCGCUCUGGAUACACCCAUAUCCGUUGAGCUGACCUCAGAACCGCCGUCCGGCGCCCUAGAUACCUUCACAACAGCUGAGUUCACCCUCGGAGAUCUGUAUGGAGGCAUUAACCCAGAGAUUGACAACAGCGGUAGCUUGGACACAAGUGGGGAGGAUUUACUAGCGGAAAACUUCACUGGGUUAACCGAAGCCCAAGUGGAUAGCAUACUGUCUGAAACUGACUUGAGAAGCUUAACCGAUGACAAGAAGAUGUCGAUGACGGAUGACCUGCUGGAGCAGUUGGUGAAGGAUGUGGAUACAAAGGAUCCUUUUUUAUUGCAUGGCCAGAGUUUGGGGGGGCGUGCCAGCUCUGGUCGAAGGAAGCGUGCGGAAGCAUUCGGAUCGAGCGUUGUUCACGUGUCCAGCGAGGACAUCGAACCUGUGUACCUCGAGAAGGUGAUUGUGCCGCCCAGCGAAGCGCCCAAGGAGGUUAAACCGCCCAAGGAGGUGGUGAAAUCUCCCGUACCCACUUCGAAGAUCAUUGUCGAGGAAGUCAAUGAAGUACCUCAGGUCAAGAUCGAGAGGAAGAGACCCGAAGACACGUUGGAGGAGAUCCAAUUGACGCGCGGAGUUCAGUUGAAAACAUUGCAGACCAAACACUCGCCGCUAAAGAAACACAUCAUCACGUCUGCGACGCACCGGCGAGGCGGUGACGUCACGGUUGUGACGUCGGACGCGCAGCAACCACAGAUCGUCACCGUAGCAGUCUCCGACAGCCUUAAGGUUCGCCUACAGAACCAAGCGACGGCGUGUUCGAGCGCCGGCACCGUGGUCGGCCUUCUGCAGAAUGGACCCUUCACAGCAGUAGCGUUACCCGUUCACAAUGCGCAACAUAGAGAUAUGGUUUCAACGUCCGUAGCUAGCGUAGCCAACGUGGUAACAAUGGGAACAGGCAAGGCGACCAAUGUGACCAACGUUUCCACCAUAGCAAAUGCCACCCGCCGUGUUUCCGGACCAUUGGUCCAAUUGGCGCCUGCGUCUUUGGGCCAUAAACCACUGCAAUUACACCACCAUCCAUCAGUUGUAGUGACACCGCAGAUGCACCACGUGAACCCGAGCAAGCUUAAAGUGCUGCACGCGCACCCGCUUACGCACACCCAACGCGCGCAGCUGUUGGCCCAGAACCGAACGCUGGGCCAGCUGCCGGCGGUGGUAUCGUUGGCCGCGUUGGGCGACUCCAAGCCACCAUCGGCCGCGUUGCUGAAGGCCGCGCCUGGCUCCGUCGCACAGUUCUUCGAAAUCAAGAGUGGUCAGCUUGGCAAAGGUCCUCACUUAGUCAACGUCCUACGCCAGCCGCCGCCAGUGAAAGCCAACGUCGCAUUCAACGACGCUAAAAAACGCCAAGUUGUAUUCGACGGCACCUUAAAAGGGAACGUAGCCACGACCGCGAGACCGCAUAGAGUCAGUUUAAGCGUGGACGGGAGGCAAAUCGUACGCGCCGCGCUGCCGUCCGUACGGGCGCCGCACGUGCGGCAUCAAAUACAGCUGAAGAAUAGGACGCUGCAAGUGACCGCGCCGAUCGCGAGGUCGGCUUCCGAGCCGUCGACGAGCAUAACCAUCGCGCCCUCGAAAACCGCCUCCAUACCUAGUUCGAUGGUCGCAAAUUUGCUGCAGAAGAAUGUACAACUACCUAAAGGUCAAAAGAUAGCUAUAUCGGGUCCGGGCGGGCAGGCGUUGUCGGCGAACGUCCAAGCGAUAGCGUUUACGACGGCGCAGUUGAAAGCAAGACAGGGGCGUCUGAUAGCGCAGCCCAGGCCUACGCCCGUCGCCGAAAUAGUAGAGUCGUCUUCUGCGCCGACUACGUCGUCGAAUUCCGCGAACAUCAACGCAGACGUUGCGACUGACGGCGACGACAGCGCGACCAACGGCGUGCGCAGACGCGCGACCGACACGCUUCCGAUGGAGGUCACGUGACAACCGGGCUCUGAACCCAGUACCCUUAGUGUCAGUGGCAUGUGCGUCGACAGUGCAACAAGUGCAGUGCGUAAUGAUCCAGCACGAACCAUAAAUAGUACGGGCCAUAGAGGAGAAACGAUGACGGCAAGUUAUGUGCGUACUACAAACAACAUCAGAGAGAAAGUGAGGGGUUUGCAUACUAUAAUCAAUAGUGAUCAACAACGUGCACGAGAAACAACAGCCAAAUGGGGUUUGCAUACCAUAAACAACAAAGCUGAUGAACAUAGAGUAGCAAGAACAGCAACAAUAAGUUUCUGUACCUUAUACACCAACGUUGAGGAACAUACAGAACUAAUUACAACAAAAUUUUGGUGUACUUUGAAUUAUAUGGCAGGAUGUCGAGAAGAGACGGCAGCAAAAAUUGCAACGUCUAGUGAUUUUCAUAUUAUGAACUAUAAAGAACGAUCAAGGAUGUGUAGUGAAAGAAAUGACUAUGGUGAAUUUAAGUUUAUGUUUUUCGCAAGGGAUUACUUAGUAGUUAUUUGGUAUGUUAUUGAGAAAUUCAUAUGUUAUUUGGGCAAUAUUCAAAUGGAUCUUGGGUUUAUUAAAACUAAUUGUGACAAUAACGGAAUGGAUUGUGCAGGUUUCGAAAGUUGUCUGAACAACACUCCAAAAAAAAUUCUUGUAACAUUGUCAAAGUUUGCACAGAAAAGCAGAGUUUAUUUCAGUGAUUUCAUCUAUGCAUAACAAAUGUUUUAGUCUCAAUAUAAACCAAUGUCUUUGAUUAAAAUGUCUUUUUUGGUCCCAACACAUAAUUUAAGAGUGACAAACAAGGACUAAGAAAGUCUAUGAUUUAAGGAUCAUACUAAACAUGAUCGGAUUGACACAAUAACGCUAUGGAAAAUUUCCAAUUAUGUACUGUCUAAAUGUUUGUGAACAAGUCGCAUACAAAUGUAUAACACAUACAUACAAAUUUUAACUCAAAAUAAAUAUUGAAUCAUUGAA